AUGGAGUCACUCUGCCUCAACUUUGCGAGAAAAGUGGCCUUGGCCGGCCUUACUUGCACCUUUGCAUUUUGUGGAUCCAUGGUUGGUCUGGUUUCAGGGGCACUCAAGGGCCAAACUACAGAGACAGGCAUAUUGCGAGGUGCAGGGAUCGGCGCCAUUGCUGGUGCUUUAGUUUCUGUAGAUUUCUUGGAGUCUUGCCUUCGAGGAGAGGUUUUACCAAAGUUGGCCAUCUUCCACAGUCUCAUCGAUGGGAAGAUAUUCAGAGAAUGGGUUAGCCCGGCAUUGCUCAAAGCUUACCAAUGGCAAGUCAAUGCAGCUGAUCAAGUAAGCUACAGGGAGAUUUCAGACAUACUUGAUCUCACCGGGGACGAAGGCCUGUUACCUAAUGCCAUCGAGGAAUUGCCCACGUUCAAGAUCAGUAGUGAUGAUGAUCAGGCCAGUGAUCCAUGUGGGAGGAGGACCAUUUGCUGCGCCGUCUGCUUGCAGGAUCUCGUCAAGGGAGAUAAUGCGAGACUGAUGCCAGUUUGUAGGCACAUUUUCCAUGUGGUGUGCAUUGAUAUGUGGCUCGUGAAGCAUUCUUCCUGCCCUACCUGUAGGCAAGAGGUUCUGUAA